UGGUCCAUCCCCAACACACCGGCUUUCUCUUCCCCAAGAUCCUCUUUCUCUUCCCCGGCGGUUCCUCGGUCAGAGGGCGACGCGGUGGAGGUUGGCGGCGGCGCCCCGUUCUAAGGGCGGCGAGGGUGAAGGUCGGCGGCGGCGCCCCGGUCAGAGGGCGACGCGGUGGAGGUUGGCGGCGGCGCCCCGGUCUGAGGGCGGCGAGGGUGAAGGUCGGCGGCGGCGCCCCGGUCAGAGGGCGACGCGGUGGAGGUUGGCGGCGGCGCCCCGGUGGAGGUUUGACUGCCUCAAUCGAUCUCGCACAAAUCUUCAGUCAACCUAAACGUAGUUUCUCAAGCUUUAGCAAUCGGUCCUAAUAGUAAUUUUUGGGGAUUCACUGCCAACCUGAUUCGGCACCGCGUUAAAAAUGGAGGAUUGUAUGGAGACAGAGUUUGUGCCCCAGCCAGGAUAUUUCCUGGGCCUGCUAAACAGUGUACAGAAUACUUGUAAUCCAGAAAUUAAUGGAGAGGUAUGCACUAAUCCAGCGGAUAAUGAAUGUCCAAGCACCGAACGAAAUGAAUCUUCUGAUAUCAACGAGGUUUUGUCGCUACCUAAUAUGAGGGUUUCAAUUGAUGAUCUAAACGAUGCCGAAAAUGAAGUCCAAUCAGAACCUGCUGUCAUAAGAUCCACCAAUGAACAAACUGGUGAAUGCUCAGAACAGUACGAACAAAACGAUGAAAAUAUUUUCUCCUCUUUCAAGCAGAUGGACACCGGGGAAGUGUCCUCCGCAAAUUCAUGUCUAAUGGAAGGCGAGACGUCUGGACCCAUGGAACAAUCUAUGAGAGAGUACUGUGCCGAUAAGACCACUCAAAUGUUUAAGCCUAGGAUUGGAAUGACAUUCGAUUCGUUGACAGAAGCAUACCAAUUCUACAACUCGUAUUCAUGGGUUGUGGGAUUUAGUAUUAGGUAUGGCGACAGCUAUACCUCAACCAAAAAAGUGAAGACCAUGCAGGAAUUAGUCUGCCAGCGUUCUGGGAAACCAAGAACGCUAAGCAGUCAACCACCCGGUGUGGCUGCAAAGCUCGUUUCAAAGUUUGCUGUAAUGAGCAAUCAAAAUGGUAUGUGAAGUCCUUUUCAGAGGACCACAACCAUGAUUUAGUGGAUAGUUGUGGUGAAAAGAAACAUCUUUUUUCACAUCAACACAUUGACAAGCACACAAAGGAUAUGAUUAGGUAUCUUAGGGAGAACAAUGUAUCAUUGAGUCGUGUAGACUCCAUUAUGGGUAGCUGGUUUGGUUCAGCGGAGAAAGUUCCUUUCUCAAAGAAGACCCUUCGUACUGUUUGUUCUCAGAUUGCGAAAGAGUCCCUUCAGGAUGAUAUUACGAAGACAAUGGAGAGUUUCCGGGCUAUGAUAUCAAAGGAUGAUAAAUUUGUUUUUUCUGCUCAAGUUGAUGAUGACAACCGUCUUCGGUCAUUAAUGUGGACAAGUGGCAGGAGCAGGUCUUUGUACGAGCACUUCGGUGAUGCAAUUACAUUUGAUACUACUUAUGAAACAAAUAUAUAUAAGAUGCCUUUUGGCAUGUUUGUGGGAGUUAGCAACCAUUUUGAGAGUGUUAUAUUUGCUGGUGUUUUGCUUACAAAUGAGAGGGCAGCGGAUUUCAAAUGGGCAUUCAGCGAAUUUGUUACAAUGAUGGGUGGCAAGGCUCCUGUGACAAUGUUAACAGACCAAGCAAGAGCAAUGGCGAUUGCUAUUAAAGAUGUUCUGCCUAAAACCAAUCAUAGAUGGUGCAAAUGGCAUGUCCUCCGAAAGGCCCAAGAGGUCCUUGGGCAUGUUUACAAGAAGCAUCUUACAUUCAGUGAUGAUUUCCACAAGUUGGUCAAUCAUAUGCUCACGAUAGAAGAGUUUGAGGCUGGUUGGCAUGCCAUAUCCGAGAAGUACGACCUGCAGAAGAACCCUUUCAUGAUUAGAGCUUUCGAGUGUCGUGAAAAAUGGGCUAAACCAUAUUUCAAAGGAUUUUUUGUGCAAGGAUGACUAGCACCCAGCGCAGCGAGAGUGCUAAUCAUGUGUUGAAAAUUUAUAUUCCAUGCAAUUCUUCUAUUAACAGAUUUGUGGCUCAGUAUUCAAAACUUAUAAACGAUCGAGAAAGUUCAGAUCAUGAGUGCGAGAAGAAUACGAAACAGAAAUCCAUCGAGCUGCAGGUUGGGUAUCCUAUUGAGAAACAUGCAUCACUAAUAUACACAAGGAAGGUGUACCAACUUUUCAAGAUGGAAUUGUUGAAAUCUACCAAAUAUGUUAUUGUUCCCAGGAAAGAGAAUAAUAUAUUCGAGGUCAAACAUGUUCAGGCUGAGCUUAGAGAUUCUUGGUGCAAAGUAAACUACGUGAUUGAUGUGCAAGAUCCAGUUGGUUUUUAUAAAUGUGAAUGCGGUCUGUAUGAACAUUUUGGAAUUGUAUGCAGCCACAUCAUAGCGGUUUUCAUUCAUAGAGGAGUGUGCAGUAUUCCUGAUUGCCACAUCAUGAAGCGCUGGACAAGGCAAGCUCGUAUGUCAAAGUAUAAUCCCAAUCUUAGGAAUCUUGCCAAGGACAGGAUAAUGGAGAGUAGGUCUUUUCGCCACAAGGUUGUUUAUAUGUCAGCAAUGGAGCUAGUAAAUCAAGCAGAGGUGGAUGAGAAAUCUUGUGAAAUCGCGAACCGAAAUAUUGAGCGAGGGAAGAAGGAAAUUGAGGAAUAUAGGCUGUCAAAGUUGAGAACUUGCCAGGUUGGUUAUGGUGACUGUUCAGGGACUUCCAAUGCAGCAGACGCAAAUGGAGCUGAUGAUACAAUGGAUUGUACCGAAGUAGGUAAUCCGGGGCUGGAGAUAUUUGACAGGUCAAAGAAUAUAGGCAUUCCUGUAUGUUCAAUCAAGGCUCCUUUGAUAAAGAAGAAGGAUGGUAGGCCGACUAACCGUAGAUUUCUGUCUCGCCUUGAUGCCAACAUUAAAAAGAAGAAACCCGCUGGCAAGGCGAAGAGAUCAAAAGAUCCUGGUGGUCUAUCAGGAGUAGUCCAGUCAAGGUUCUGCAGCAAAUGUAAAUCGCUGGCGCACAACAUAACAGGCUGCCCCAAGAUGAUGCUAGAAGAUGGUCCUAACUAGAACCUGGUUAUGUUAACUACUAAAUAGAUCAGAUGUCCCAGUAUACUUAUCGAAAGCUUUGUUGGAAGUGUUGAUGUAUGUUAUUUAGUAUCAGUCUGUUCAGACUUU